CUUGUCCUGGCAUCGCUGCCAUUCCUCAGACUGGGCCGGCAACUUUCUUAGUUUCUUUUCUGGAACGCUUGUGUCAGUGCUGAGGAGGGAGUGACAAGCAAACAGGAACUGGUUGUGCGGAGACUGGGCUCACGCACCGCUGAAGAAACGAAACAAGGCUUGUGAGGAGCACGGGCUGUGUUUUUAUUUCUCCACAUGGACUCAACGAAUCUACAGAAAGCCAUUGCUGUAGCCCAGAAGGCCUCACAGGAGGAUCAGGCUGGGAACUAUGAGGAGGCCAUUCGCUCCUACCAACAUGCAGUCAAGUACUUUCUGCAUAUUGUAAAACGUGAACCACAGGGUAAAGAUGGCAACCAGAAGAUCAGAGAUAAAUGUAAACAGUACCUGGAUAGAGUGGAAGAACUUCAGGAGUACCUCGUGAAUAAAGAGAAAGCAAUUGAUCUUGCCAGCAAGGCGGCUCAGGAGGAUAAAGCUCAGAACUUUGAGGAGGCUCUGCGUCUCUACCAGGCUGCUGUUCAGUACUUCCUUCAUGUGGUGAAAUAUGAAGCCCAAGGAGAUAAAGCUAAACAAAGCAUCCGGGCAAAAUGUGCUGAAUACUUGGACAGGGCAGAGAAGUUGAAGGAGUAUCUAAAGAAGAAAGAGAAGGCUCCUCCUGCUAAGCCCGUCAAAGAGUCACAGUCAGAUGAUAAAGGGAAUGAAAGUGAUGAAGGUGAUGAUCCAGAGAAAAAGAAAUUCCAAAAUCAGCUCUCAGGUGCAAUUGUCAUGGAGAAACCAAAUAUCAAAUGGAGUGAUGUUGCUGGUUUAGAAGGAGCCAAGGAGGCCCUGAAAGAAGCUGUUAUUCUUCCUAUCAAAUUCCCCCACCUUUUCACAGGAAAGAGAACUCCAUGGAGGGGGAUCUUGCUCUUUGGUCCUCCAGGUACAGGAAAGUCCUAUCUAGCUAAGGCUGUGGCCACAGAGGCAAACAACUCAACAUUCUUCUCCAUCUCUUCAUCUGACCUUGUGUCCAAAUGGCUGGGAGAGAGUGAAAAAUUGGUGAAGAACCUUUUUUCCCUUGCAAGGGAGCACAAGCCUUCCAUCAUCUUCAUCGAUGAGAUUGACUCUCUUUGUGGCUCAAGAAGUGAGAACGAGAGUGAGGCUGCUCGUCGUAUAAAGACAGAAUUCCUGGUUCAGAUGCAGGGUGUGGGGAAUGACAAUGAGGGAGUGCUGGUACUCGGUGCAACAAACAUCCCAUGGACCCUAGACUCAGCCAUCAGAAGAAGAUUUGAGAAAAGGAUUUACAUCCCUCUUCCUGAGGAGCACGCCCGCUCCUUCAUGUUCAAACUCCACCUUGGAUCGACUCCUAACAGCCUCAAUGAAUCUGACUUUGUCACUCUGGGCAAGAAGACUGAUGGAUAUUCAGGAGCAGAUAUCAGUGUCAUUGUCAGAGACGCUCUGAUGCAGCCAGUUCGAAAGGUCCAGUCAGCAACCCACUUCAAGCGGGUACGAGGUCCAUCCAGAAAUGACCCCAAUAUGAUCAUAGAGGAUCUUUUGACUCCAUGCUCACCUGGUGAUCCCAAUGCAAUUGAAAUGACAUGGAUGGAGGUUCCUAGCGACAAACUGUUGGAGCCUAUAGUGUGCACGUCUGACAUGCUGAGGUCUCUGUCCAACACAAAGCCAACAGUCAACGAACAAGAUCUGGACAAACUGAAAAAAUUCACAGAUGACUUUGGACAGGAAGGCUAGGCAAGAUGAAUCGGUCAAAUUGAACCAAAGCAAAAGAAGUGUGAUUGUCUUUACUGUCCUUGUUGUUUUGUUUGUUUCUCUGUUUCGGCCAUUCACUAGAUUUGGUUUUGUAUCAUAAAUGGGCAAGAAUACUCUCUCCUGCCACUCUGAUAACCACACUAAAGUUGGAAGGUGUACUUUUAUUUGAUAUUCACCAGUGUCCAAAGAAGAUUAAAGGCUUCCCAUCUACAACUGUCCUGAUUAAAGAAUCAAUGCCACAGACUCUAGAGGGUUGUUGACUCAAGGCGUAAAGGUGUUGAUGAGCUGAAUACUACACAGAUUAUGGAAACCAACUGAACAUAUACACAGUUACUGCAAAUGAGAUUUUAAGUGAGGAAUUGCUAUUUCAUACUUAAUAUUUAGUCAAUACAUCUCACCAGACUAAUUACCCCUUAUAUAUUCUCUAUUGUAGUAAGAAAAACAAGCAUUUUAUUGUGUAUACUGCACUUUGGAAUAUAUAUACCUUUGGAGUAGGGAUGUGAACUGGGGAAGCGAUCGUUCACAGGGUUUGUGUUGGUGAAAUGUCAUUAUCACAAGGUGGCAGACAGCAGAGUUUGACAGAGAUACUCAGCAUUAGCCCCAGUGGCAAUUUUGGUUUAAUGGAUCACGAAUUGUGCCGUAUCAGAAUUAUGUUACCUUUUUAUUUUUUGAAGGACUUGUUAGCUUUGUCACUCGGCUCAUGUUUAUUCUCACGACACACCAAUCCACAGCCUAAUUAUUCUUCAUAGACACUGCAAAAAAACAAAACUAAGCCUUACACUAAAAAAUAUUACACAUCAAAAUUUGGUCAAACAUGCUUGAUUUGUUGAAGCUGGACACAGGUGGUUCAGGUGAAAGAAAACCACAAACUUGUACACUUAACAUUGGAAUGCAUCUCCCUGCGUGGAGUAUAUGUAGCCAUAAGUGUCGGUGUGUACCAUGUGCCUUCCAGAAAUGCAGCAAAAUCCUUUUUUGUAUAGGUUUAUUUCUAAAUUUUCAAACUGCAUAAAUGAGUGAUUUGUCAUUACAACUAAGUAGAAUACUUGCACAUUUCAUUUAAGCUCUUUUAGAGAUUGUACUUACUAAGCGCUGAAGGUGUGCAAACUGUCACUUCUGAGUUUUGAUGGGAAAUGUCUUUUAUCUUACUGUAAAUGUCUAUACAUGUAUCCAACUCUUCAGCCUUUAUUUUAUGAAGAGGUCAACCCAUGCAUACAAUUUUCUGUUUUUCAUUUCCAACAUGUAAAUAAAGGUAAUAGCUAUAUCAGGAA